CGGAGCUUCCGGAGCGGGCGGAGUGCGCGGGAGAGUUGCGGGGCCGCUGAUCCGGCAGGUGGUUUGAGUUGACAGCAAGCUCAUGGAAGUGUGUUGUCAUCGCUCGUGGUAAACCCACGAAAUGGACGUGGAUCAGCUGGACCUAAAUCCCAGAAUUACUGCUGCCAUUAAAAAGGGCAGGCUGAAGUCAGUGAAGGAAGUUCUGUGCUACUCGGGAGCAGACUUGCAGAGGCUCACCAGCCUGCCCAGCCACGACGUGCAUCGCCUGCUGAGAGCAGCCGCUCUACACCUUCGGGGAAGCCGCGUCCUCACAGCACUGCAUCUGUUCCAGCAGAGGGAAAACUUCCCUGAGCAGCAUCAACGCCUGAGCCUAGGCUGCCCUGUCCUGGAUCAGUUCCUGGGAGGAGGCCUGCCCCUGGAGGGCAUCACUGGCCUGGCUGGCUGCAGCUCAGCAGGAAAGACGCAGCUGGCGCUGCAGCUCUGCCUAGCUGUGCAGUUCCCACGACAAUAUGGAGGCCUGGAGGCUGGGGCUGUCUACAUCUGCACAGAAGACGCCUUCCCCAGCAAGCGGCUGUGGCAGCUCAUUGACCAGCAGCCGAAGCUGCGGACAGAUGUGCCGGUGGAGGUGACACAGAAGAUAAGGUUCGGCAACCACAUCUUCAUUGAGCAUGCGGCUGACGUGGACACCUUGCUGGAGUGUGUGACUAAGAAGGUCCCCGCUCUGCUGUCGAGGGGCAUGGCCCGCCUGGUGGUGGUUGACUCCAUCGCGGCCCCGUUUCGAUGUGAGUUCCAUCUUCAGGCCUCGGCUGUCAGGGCGAAGCACCUGCACUCGCUGGGGGCCGCGCUUCUUAGGCUGAGCAGCACCUUCCGGAGCCCGGUGCUGUGCAUCAACCAGGUAACAGAAAUGGUGGAGGGCCAGGAGUCUGUGCCCAGGUCACUGGGGGCUUGGGACGAGCGCCUCUCUCCAGCCCUUGGCAUCACCUGGGCUAAUCAGCUCCUGAUGCAACUGAUGGCUGACCGGCUCCGUGAGGAUGAUGUUACCACAGGCUUGUCCAGAAGCCCAGCUCGAACUCUCCGAGUGCUCUCUGCCCCCCACCUACCCCUCUCCUCCUGUUGCUACACAGUCAGUGAGGAAGGCAUUAGAGGGAUUCCAGGAACGGAGUCCUACUAACAGUGGGGCCAGUAGAUUCUGAGGUCGCCUUCCAACAACCUGUGUCAGGCACCGAGUGACAGUCAGUAUCUACUCUCUCCUCCCUGGGGUUCACCUACUCUUGAGCCUUGGGGUUUGGCCUCACACUACCCAUUAGAGGAUGACCAACCAACAGGAGCUCUGCCAGCCCUGAGGGUCUCCCUGGGACCUCAGAAUGGCAAGACUCAGCUCUUCCCUCUUUUUUCUGCUUUUUGUCUGGGACUCAGUCAGCAGCUUGGCGGGGCCUCCCCUCCUGCAGGAUGGUCUUAACUCCCCUCGGCCCCCACUACACACACACGCACACGCACGCGCAGUAACACCCACCACUCGGGCCAAACGUGGCUUGCAGUGAGAUUCUCCCCCAUGUGUCCCUCCCCAUACAUAUACAACAUUUUAGGACAGAGUGAAGAAAACACUCUGAGGAAGGGAGGCGGGCCUAGCCUGACUCAGCUGCCUAGACUAAGUAGCUUUGGGCAACUUAUAAAAAGGGCCCUAGGCUUCUGUGUCCUCACUGAGGCCUGGCUAGUAUACCCAGCAACUCUGGCUUGCCAGUGCAUGCAGGCUGGAGGGUACCACAGAACACCCAACAGGACUGCACACGCUCACCCGGCGGGCAGGCCUCCUGGUGACAUUCGCUCUGCACUCAGAAUCAGCACCGUGUAGACUUGAGUCUCAACAGUCACCAAGCACUGUGGCCUCUGAAGACAGGGCUGUGGUGUUGAAGAUCCUGCCAGGUAGCACAGCCUCCCACCAGCAAGUGUGCCGAGUGGGCUUCACCAAGGAGUCCUGUUGCUCCAGUGGUGUCUGACUCCCCACACCAGGACAUGCACUGUCACUGUCCCCACUCAAAUAGGGAAAACAACCCACUUAUGAUAUAUUCCAUGACAUCCACAGGGCGGCCCCACGCUCUUCUGAACUCAUCAAACGUUUACAGCCCCCGGGGUUCCUACCCCGCUUUUGGCAAUCUUGCAGACUAAACCUAGGGUCUCCUGCAUGCAAGUGCUCUACACUGAGCUGCAGCCCGCUGACACGGCCUGAGAGGCUGAGGAGACUGAAGUAAACGAGGGACACAGCUGCUUGGGUAGAGGAGGUUCAUAUAACACACCUCUGCAAAACCGGAGGGCUUUAUGGCGGGAAAUAAAGCUUUAGUUUUGUAACAAAGUAUCAACACUUCCAAAUUCUUUUCUGAAGAGAUUGUAUUGAAAAUUAAAAGACAGUUCCCAGACAGACACACUUAGAAGACAUGCCCAAAAGCUCCUAGGGCUUGGAUCCACCAGCCAGGUCAAGGGGCCCUGAAGGUCCACCCCAACAUUGGUCCACCUGAUAAGUCGAGAGUAUCUUUCAGGAUAUGGGAACACCUUGCCAACAUGUUGUACCUGCAUUUACAACAGCCAGCUAGCUGCCCGGAUUCCUGCUCACCUACACCCCAGGGACAAUCAGGACAAGACCAAGUGAAGACGUAGGAGACAGA